AUGGACCGCCCUUCCAAUAUGCUACCCCACCUGAUAGACAUAGGCGCGGCAGGGCCCGUCCAUAUGCUUCCGACAUCCCGUCGUGUUCCCAGAGCGAUUGCCCACCAGAAGAUGGAGGCGCAUUGGCUGGGGCCUCCGAUGUACAACCCCGCGUCCCUGAGUCCGUUCCAGGUUGCUAUGAACCUUAUACGCUUUGACCAGGAAGGCGAGCCGUUCUUCACCAAGGAAUUUCUCCGAGAGAUGCAAGCCCAGCUCGCGCGCCCCCUCCAGUCUGGCGAAAGGUACACAUCGAUCGGAGUAGAUGGUACACCGGUUGAGUUCGAGCCGGCUUUCGGGCAAGUGUCGAACCAUAUGGAGUUCCAAUAUGUAAAUGGCCCCGUCCGACUAGUCUACGUCCCGUGGAACAUCCUCAUCACCCAAGCCUGCAGCGAGUCGUCCCUGAACCCAGCCUCAUACUGCCGCGUCCUGCCAAUGCACGUCAAGCAGUACCUGUACCCAGGAACCGGGGAGAUCAUGCAACUACCACCCAUCAAUCCCGAGAUCAUCCUGGACCUUCUUGAAGAGGCAAUCAACGACUGGGAGACAAGCAAUGCCUGGACAACAGUCAAGGAGACGCUCAUCGCGGUGCGGUCCCGACACACGAUCGACAACCUGGUGGCGUUCUCCUGCGGAUCGAUCUUCGGCGAGUUUGCAGCGGGAAUCCAGCAUGCGAUGCUUUUGCUGAUCAUGAACCUGUUCGGGGUGGGUGGUGGCGAUGGCCUGUGCGAGGAACUGUUGGCUUGCUCGGUUCAGGAUCCAAAUUACAAAGAGUGGGAUAAGGAGACACUGAUGGCGCUGGACAUGAAGGUCGUGGAUGAUCCGCAGGGUUUCUUGGAUGUGGAGGAUGAGUCUAUCGUCUUCACUUGUGCGUCUGAUGUCCCUGUGAAGGAGAUCGUGCUUGAGAUCGCUCGUCCUGCUAUUAUUAUCUGGGAGGAUAUUACGCGCAUCAACUCGUGA